AUGGCCGAAGGGAUUGACAACUUGCAAUCCAUGUACUCGCGUUCGGGGAGGUCGUUUUCCGACGGCCCUUCUUCGAACACAGCGGGUGGGUCUCGUCGUACUGCUCGACGAGACCAAGGACAUCAACAAUCAGCUCGGCACGAGGCUUCCAGCCGUCCUACGCCGGUGGAUAGCCACGCCAGCGGACGAGGUAACUCGUCCGGACGCCAUUCACAUCGCGGUGGUUUAAAAUACGCUCCACUAGGAAGCGUUGAACACCGCUUGAGCCCACCAAAGGAUGUGGUGGUGGCGGGAACACGAGAUAUGGCUCGAGGGUCGUAUCAGCUUGAUGUUCAAGAGCUGAACCGUGUAACGGAACCGUUGCAAGAUUACCUGAAUCACGAACGGACUCGGCGUUAUGUGCUUGAGGAUCUUGUGAGGAAUAAUUAUUAUUCCCUAACGCACGAUCGUUCGGACGACCGUGCCGCUUUCGCGUUCGCGCAACUUGAGAACGAACGUUCGACUCGUUCUUUUCGUGACGAGAUGGAUGUAGCUCGUCGAGACAUCGCUCAACUGCGUGAACAGGUCGCUUCGCUAGUCGACCAGAUUAGCUCGUUGAAACGGGACCACUCGAAGGGGUCUUGGCCCUUGACCGUGGACGUGUUCUUCGCCUCUCAAAACGGGAUCGUACUAAUUUUACUGGCGGAGACGUCCAACGUAAAACGUAGGAUGCGUGCGCAUCUUACGGGGCAGUUCAAUCGUGUAUGCGUUACCCAUUCGGCGCAACACACGAAAUGGACCGAUGUACCUGGGCAGUAA